AUGGCGGCGCCUCUGCCGCACAACAUCUUGCAGACACUUCCCACACUGAUGAAUAUGAGAGGGAAGGGUUUCCCGAUAUUUGUGGAUGAGAGGACUGAUCCGAACAGGACGACUCCUGAUAAGAGGCCCAUCGUCACCUACUUCGUCGGCGCAGACAUUAAGAAUCUCCAGGGAGAGGACGUCCUGUAUCCCUGGGAGGAGAACACCGAGGGGAGAGAGGUCGAGACGGCCUACCUUUGCAAGAGAGCCAUGAGGCGCCUCUAUGAUUACAAGGGCUGGAAUUAUUACGAGGAGGGUGAGAACCUGGACCCCCAUCACGAUCCGAUGGGGGAGCCGGACGUGCCUGGCUUGGGAGAGUUGAUCUUCAAGUCCAAGGAGGGCAAGAAGAGGAAGUCCCGUCCGAAGAAACCAAGAGGGUCUCCAAGGAAACCCAGAGGGACCCCUAAGAAAGCCAGACCUUCGCCUCGGCCCUCUUCGGAAUCAGAGGAGGAGGGGAGUGCGGAUGAAAGGGGUGAGGCCAAUGCGAGCUCUGGGAGUGCUGAGGAAGCAGUAGAGCCUCCGAGCUUGACUCAGCUGUUGGGUUUGUCUGUCGAACAGCAACCGAUCGGCAACCCAGAGGGGGAUACAAAUCAGCCCAUGGACACCGCGCCUCAGACUUCAACCCUUGACCAAGCACCAGAUACGACUGCAGGUCCGGAGAUAAGCAUGACGUCCACGGAGAUCCGUCAAAAGUUUGAUGAGGAUUUGUCGGGUGUGGAUCCCCUCUUCCAGUCCGAAGUGCAUUGGUCAGGGCUCUCCGAGGGUUUCACGGAUAUGCUGAUGGGGUCUCCAGGGCUCCCCGUCCAGUCCCAGGAAUCAAUCCCUGAGCCAGCAGUAUUCCCUAGCUCAGUUCAGCCCGAGUCCGGCCCAGUUCAGCUGGAGAGCCCUCGGUCCUCUGAGCCAGCGGUGUUCCCUAGCUCAGCUCAACCCGAGUCCGGCCCAGUUCAGCUGGAGAGCCCUUGGUCCCCUGAGGUAUUCCCUAGCUCAGCUCAGCCCUCCCUCGGCUGUUCAGAGCUCCAUGGCUCAUCUUGGGGAGCGAGCCAGGAGUUACCAUCCCCCGGGGAGCUCGCUAGGGAACCGAGCCAGGAGUCACUGUUCACCUGGGGACCGGCCGAUUCAGCUCAGCCUCUGCCUGAUCUGCCCGAGCACCAGAUGUCCCCCGAGUUGUUCCCGGAUAACGACAACACUUCGAUGUCUGAGUUCCUGCGAAGGUUGGGUGUGGAGCCAGGACCCGAGGCCGAAAGUCCCCAACCGUCGUUCUACGCGCUCCUCGGCCUGGAGAGCGCACUCCUGCACCUGACCCUAGACGCAGAGAGCAAACCUAUGAGGAAGCGGGCCGUGAAAGGAAACGUUACUCCGAGGGAGUUGCAGUUCAGCCGAGUUACAGAGGCUCCGUGA